AUGAGUCUAAAACGGUCGGCCCCUGCAGAGCAACGGGAUGUCUCACCUCCUCCAGUCAAGCGAAAAAUAGCAUCCGCAACGACAAACAGCGCGGUGUCGUCGUUUUUCAAGCCAGCUUCGCAAAAGCCUGCCGAGGAGGUCUCGUGGCGGCUGGUCGAUGACAGCCUGAUCAUUGGCAGGUACAACCCGGACCUCAUGCCAUCGCAAGCUCGGAAGCAUCCAGUCAAGAUCGCAGCAUUCGACUUAGAUGACACUCUUAUCACUCCAACGGGGGCCAAAUUUGCUCGUGGCGCAGAGGGGUGGAAAUGGUGGGACCCUUGCGUUCCUGGCCGACUCAGGGAACUGCACAACGAGGGAUAUCUGGUCACCAUAUUCACGAAUCAAGGCGGGGUCAGUGUCAAAGAGAAGAACCCAAAGUCGUUGCAGAAGGAGCCUCUAAGCCUGGCUAAGUUGAAGGCCCAGGUUAUAAACAUAUUCAAGGCGUUGGACUUGCCCAUCAGCCUCUAUGGAGCAUCGGCACAAGAUCGGUAUCGCAAACCGAGAAUAGGGAUGUGGGAGGAGCUGCUUGAAGACUACGACCUGCGCGGGGACGGUGCAGUCGACAUGGACAGUUCCUUCUAUAUCGGAGACGCCGCUGGCCGGGAGCGGACGGACAAACGAAAGAAGGCGGAUUGGGCCAGCUCAGACCGGGAUCUGGCAGCGAAUAUUGGUAUUCGCUUCCAAACACCAGAGGAAUUCUUUCUGGGCCAGGACGUUGAGCCUUAUAAGGCUGCUUUCGACCCUACUACGUAUCUCAGCGAAACGGCGCUGAAGAAGGCGUUAGCACGGUUUGACAAGAAAUACAAGCAAGAGCUGGUCAUAUUCUGUGGCUCGCCUGGGGCCGGCAAGAGCACAUUUUACUGGCGGGUAUUGCAGCCUCUCGCUUAUGCUCGCAUCAAUCAGGACACGCUUAAAUCAAGGGAUAAGUGUCUUAAAGUGGCCCGCCAGUGUCUUGAUGACCAACAAUCGGUUGCGGUAGACAAUACCAAUGCGGACGCGACGGCUCGCAAGUACUGGGUCGAUCUGGCGAAAGAGUUCAAGAUACCGAUACGGUGUGUCUGGUUCACGACCCCUCCAAGGCUAGCUGAGCACAACGACAAUGUCAGGGCUAUGAACGUGGAGCUCAUGAAUCCGGAGAAGAGAGACAUGCUGCCAGGCAUUGCCUUCAAAAGCUUUCAACAGCGGUUUCAAGAGCCGAAGUUGGAUGAAGGAUUCGACGAUAUCACAACGGUUGACUUUUCUUGGCAAGGAACAUCUGAGCAACAGGCCGUCUGGUCAAAGCAUUGGGUGUCCAAGUUCUCUACCUAG